AUUACAAUUGUCACACAUAAAUAGUAACUUGUUAUGCAUAAAAUCUAUUAAAUCUAAUCUAUUUUGAUUUUCUUUGAGUCACGUGGUUUUGUUUACUCGUGUUUUUUGUCUCCCUGGCGAUAGUACAAUGGAGGCCCUCUACAUUUAUCUAAAAGUCACAGUAUAGUUUCAACCAUUCAAGCAAGUAUAUAAACACUCACUGACAGGUAUCUAAUAGUUAAUAAUGGUAGACGAAUCAACGAAGAAAACAUUAAGUAGCAUUCCGUUGUUACAAACAAAAGCAGGUCCCAGAGACAAAGAAUUAUGGGUGCAAAGAUUGAAGGAAGAAUAUCAAGCUUUAAUCAAAUAUGUCACAAAUAACAAAAAAUCAGACAAUGAUUGGUUUCGUUUGGAAUCAAAUAAAGAGGGUACAAGAUGGUUUGGUAAAUGUUGGUAUAUACACAACUUGCUCAAAUAUGAAUUUGAAAUUGAAUUUGAUGUACCUGUUACAUAUCCUACAACAGCUCCUGAAAUAGCAUUACCAGAAUUGGAUGGUAAAACUGCAAAAAUGUAUAGAGGUGGAAAGAUUUGUCUUACAGAUCAUUUUAAACCUUUAUGGGCACGUAAUGUGCCAAAGUUUGGGAUUGCUCAUGCUAUGGCACUUGGACUUGGACCAUGGUUGGCAGUUGAGGUUCCUGAUCUUAUAGAAAGGGGUGCUAUAGUACACAAAGAUGAAAUUAAGUAACAUAUAUCACAAUACCAUAAGAAUAUAUUGUAUAAUAUAAAUAUUCUUUCAAUUGUAAAUCGAGAUUGACUUGUUUGUUAAUUUACUAUAACAUAUUAAAUAAGGUUUAUACAUUAAAUAUAUUAUAUUUUAAUCUUA